AUGUUGUGUACAAUCUUUCUUUUCAACCUUUUAUCCUUAAUAUUCGCCGUACCUUUGAAGACAACUGAGUUAAAAAUAACGGUAGAACCACACAUUGGAUUUCUCAAUCACCUGUAUCCCGCCUCCGUGUUGAAUGCCACCCAGGGUACGCUACCAUAUCAAUGGUCUGGCUCGCUUCCAGAUGGAUUUAAUCUUACACCACGAGGUGUUCUCACAGGCUUUGCAAAGGCGGCCGGUACUCACUCACUGACAGUUACAGAUUCCACUGGUGCAUCUGCAUCCACGUCUUUAACCAUUGUCGAUUCCAGCACAUCAUCAACAUCGUAUAAAUUGACCAUAAGUAGUGUAUCGUUAAACGGCAUUGUAACUCAACAAAUUGUGACCACGACAAAUUCCAAGAUUCAAUUUAAAGCUAAUUAUCAAAUAGUCGCAGCAGACUGGUGUCCUGGUUGUAUGGAACAGAUACAAAUUGGAUUCUCCUUCGGUCUUCCUCAGGGCUGUAUUUAUUCUGGGGGACCGGGUCUAGCUGGAGCGACAGGAACAGGUGCUAUGGAAUUAACGGCACCACCCACACCAGGAAGAUAUUACAUUGCUUUUGAUAGAUCACAAGACAUGCAAUGUCGUCAUACUCAUCAAAACUGGUGGCAUGGAAUGCCCAGUCCGGCAAAUAUAAUCGCUGCUGUGGAUGUCAUUGAUGCACCUGAUGUCAAAUUAAACAAUGGAGUCCAAGUGAGCAAUGUUCAAAUUAACAGUGUUCCAGUUCACCAUAACACAAUGCCAUCAGGCACCUAUACAGUUGAGUUCACGUAUUCUGUCGUUUCAACACCUGAUCGAACCCAACAACUUCAAGUCGGCCUCAGUAGUGACGAUCAACCCUUAGAUUCAUGCAUUUAUUCUGCAAUUAAUCCAGGCACCGGUUUUUCGAAACUAAGUUUUAAAGCCCCUCAACUGCGAAGUCGUUAUUAUCUAAGUAUCCAAACAUCAAUGGAACUCGAAUGUGUGGCCAAUUGGGUAUGCAAGAAAUGUUCAGCGGAUCAAAAACCCGGUAAUAACUUUCAUCAAAUCAUCGGAGUUAUUGAUGUCAACUAA